GUGAACUUUAGGUGCCUCCAACAUUAGAGAGGAAUCCUGCAAACUGUGAAAUGCAAACCCCCUAGACCUUUAAUUCGAACUCAUCUGCUUCUGAAAUGUCGUUUACCUACUAUUUGUUUAACCUAUUCUUCCAUUUUCUGCCCUUUCCAAGUUGUACAAAACUCAAAUUCCCUUAAAUAAUCCUGCCAACGGUCUAGUAUCACAUGGCGCCGAUCAAAUUUUUGAAAACAACAGCACUUAAAUUGUCUCUUCUGACACCUUCUCUCGCCUCCCCAUUUUGUUUCCACUAGUUUUUGCCAAGAUUCCAGGUUUUAAAUACAAGUUGCUACCUGUAACUGUUGGGUGAAUGUGAAGUGCUUAAGGAAAUUCUGUCAAUGGGGAAUUGUUCUCUCAAAGGGGUCACUGGGGGGUGCAGCAAUUCCAUCCGGGUCUUAACAGAUGCCGGUGAAAUCAUUGACAUCAAGGGCCCUAAACUAGCCCGGGAGAUUGCCAACAGUUUUCCAGGGUAUGCUGUUUGCAGAAGAGGUCAAGCCUCAUUACCAUUGCCCGAAGACGAGUGCCUGGUUAACGGGGGAUUUUACUAUCUUCUCCCCAUGGAGAAGGUGCAGAAGCCUGGUGACACUGGGGUCAGUAAACAGGUUAACAAAGAAGCUGUGAAGAAACUGGAAGUGGAUUGGAUGAAUCGGAUUGAGCCACCGAAGAUGUCAUCAGCAGAUUUUGUUGAGAAUUUGUCUAGUGGGUCGGCUCUGGAAGUGCUUCCAUCGCAGAAGAAUGGGGUUUGGAAGGUGAAAUUGGUGAUCAGCAGUCAGCAACUGGAGGAUAUUUUGUCGGAACAAGUGAACACGGAGGCCUUGAUUGAGAAAAUGAGAAUGGCUGCAGCAAGCUCAGCUACUCUCACCCCAAAGCGGAGCAAGAGUUCUUGGGUGAUGGGAUGGAAGCCAUCCUUGUCAAACGUGCUCAAGGUUCCCAUUGAUAACAAAGUGGCAUAGCCAGAUUUCUGCUUUUGUAAUCGACUAGGUCAUGCUAGUCUGCUAGAAAAAAACAUUUAAUGUAGCUUUUUUUUUUCUUUUAUCUUAUGUAAGAAUGCUUAAGCAUCGUGUACAUAUAAUGUUAUAAUUGGUUAAAAUUCUAAAGCCCAGUGUGAAG